AUGCGUCGGGGGGAGAAUAACUUCGUCACAAAAAUACAACUUCAAAAUGCAGCGUCGCAAACCACAAACCACCCUCGACAAGGUGGAGACGAGAAAAGGCGGAGAAGGGCGGGAGACAAUUGGAAUUGGGACCGGAAAGUCGCGUCGGCGCGCGACAAAGGAAGGCGCGCCCUGGCAAAACAGACCUGGGAUGAAAUGGGAAAGAGCGGGGCCAUCGUCAGACAUUCGAGGAAAGUGGCAUUGACGAAGCCGGACACGUGA